AUGGAGAGAUUGGUCAAUAGACGAUUGGAGCAUUUUGUGGAGCACAAUGAUUUGAUUCCCCAACAGCAGUUUGGAUUCAGGAAAAGUAGAUCGGCGUUGGAUUGUGUCACGUCAUUGGUGUCGGACAUAAAGGAGGGGUUCGUUUUGGGCAGGGAGACGGCCGCGAUAGCUCUCGAUAUCAAGGGAGCAUUCAACGCCCUCUUGUCGGGAAAAAUUCUUGAACGCCUUGAUACUGAUGCUCCUUCUAAGACCUGUGGGGUAGGUGUCCCUCAGGGGGGUGUAUUGUCUUCGUUGCUGUUUAACCUGGCUUUAGCGGAAUUGCAAUCAGUUCUUCCAGAAAAUGUUAAAUUUUCCCAGUUUGCUGAUGAUAUCCUGUUGUACAUAAGUUUUGAUGAUCUUAACGAAGCCCUGGCUGGUUUGGAGGAGGCAAUCAAUUCUUUGAUUUCUUGGCUACGUUUAUAUGGAUUAGAACUGGCUACGGAGAAAUCAAAACAUUGUAUUUUUAGCCGUAAAAAACUGGACCUGUUGGACAAUGACGAGGUCAGAAUAGGAGAGACCCUAAUUCCUUGCUCCCCCAUCCUUAUGUAUUUGGGAAUUAUCCUGGACCGGAAAUUAAUUUGGGAAGCCUAUAUCGAUUACGUGGCGGGCAAGGCUUUAGCGGCGGUAAACGUGAUCAGAGCGUUGGGUAGGAUAUCAUGGGGAGCGAGCCCCGAGUCGUUGAUUAUGGUCUACAAGGGUAUCAUAAGGGCCCAUCUUGAGUGGGGAUCAAUUCUCUUUGAGGAAGCGAGACAGAACCUCCUUAGAAAAUUGGAUGUCAUUCAAUACAGUUCCAUUAGAAGGGCGCUGGGUUGUAUGAGGACAACACCUAUCCCGAUACUUCUAUCAGAGACCAAUGAAUGCCCUCUUGCCCUCAGAAGAUCGCUGCUCCUCCAAAGAAACUCAUUCUGA